UCGUCAGUCGUUAUCAAAACUUUUCGUAAGUAAGUCAGCAGUGAAGAGAAAAUUUUCUCGUCUUCUUAAGAACACAAAAGCAAACAUCUUAAAGAUCAAAAAUGGAUCAAUUUUUAAAAUGGAAGAGACCAACAUCGUUCGAUGAAGUUGAGGGACAUGGAAUUGUCGCAGGUGCUGAAGAGAAUGGAAAUAAAGUUUAUGUUGGUCGUGUGAUUGAUAGAGAUGGAAAUUACGUCCCAGCAAAGAUUAUUCCAUCACUAAAGUCAGGAUUUUAUGCUUACAACAACGCUGAGGAAUCAUCCGAUGAAGUCGAAUUUUUGGAUAACGCUGACGACUAUCAUUGGGUACGAGCUGAUGGAAAGAAAAUUCCCGAUGCUGCCAUUGUUAACGGAUAUCAAAUAGGACGAGCACUUUACAAUGGAAACAUUGUUGUUGGACGUGUUGAUCCCGAUACGAAGGAACUUGUUGGAUCUUACGAUGGAAUAACUUUCAAUCUUCCAUCGUACGACGUCUUAAUCUACAAAGCCAAAGGUGUAGUUUACGAAGCGAUUCAGAAAGCUUCAAAUGUUUCAACAACACGACAAUCCUCCGUGACGACAUCGAAGACAUCUUCUAAGAUUGUUACUGGAAUUUAUGAAGACAGUAGAUUUGAACAAAAUAACUACUUUAAUCUUGUCAAUAAAGUGCGAAGUCUCGAAAUGGAAAAGCUUUCUUAUCAGAAAGAUAAGCAAAGUUACGAACAGCGAAUUGAGUUUGAGCAGAGGAAAGUCUCUGAAUUGAGUAAUCAACUUAAAAAGUUGAAAAUUGAGAAUGCACGAUUCUCAAGAGAUAGAGAAAGUUUCGAUGAAAAAUCAACUGAAGAACAACGAAGAUUCACGGAACUUGAGAUUCAAAAUCAAGAACUUUCAAUCAACAAUGGUUAUCUUUUGAAGAAAUGCAAUAGUUUGGAAGAAGCGAUUCGUUAUGAGAAGCUUUUGCUUGAAUCGAUCAAUGGACGAUUCUCGAACAGUCAAGCAAGCAAUAAAACGCUUUUAACAAAAAUUGGCGACUACGAAGAAACGAUGAAAAUCCAACAAGAGAAAAUCUUUGAAUUGGAAAGUGAAAUCAUGAUUUCAACAUCGAAUAGUGAAGCAUUGUUGAAACGAGUCGCUGACUAUGAAGAAACCGUCAAGUAUUUGAGACUUCAAAUAGAAACAAUCUUGAAGAAACUCGAAGUGUCGAAUGCUGACAAUGAAUUCUUAGUGCAAAAGUUGGCAAUGUUAACAAAUUCAUUGCGCGCUUAUCAGAUUCAAAUUGAAGGUCUUACAAUUAAAUUACAAAGUUCAAAGACCGUCAUUGCAAACGCUCACGCUGAACUUUCACGUGCUAAUGCACAAGUUUCUAAAUAUCAAGCUGCUUUGUCUUCUUGUUAUGUUUUGAAUGGAAAAUUAAUGACGAAAGUUUCUGGUAUGAAUUCGAUUGCGCAACAUCAAUCAGAAGUUGAUUAUUCAUUGAAUUUGAUUAAUUACUCAAAGGAUAUGAAUUUCUUGAAAGCGACAACUUAUGGGAAAACUUCAACUUUGCUUGAAAUGACCGGAUCAGACACAUUUUUGGUUUCCGACAACGCUCAACCAUACACCGUCACUACGCCUUCUGCCGAUGGCCAACCUUACUCCCAACAGUACGAGGAAAUCACUCCAUACGGUGGAACACAAGCUUUUCAACCCUUCGCCGCUGAAGUAGCCGUCAAUGGCACAGGCGAAACAGAAAUUUAGAUCAGAAUCUAUUUAACUCUGAUAUCUUAUCAGACGGGCAUUACGGUUGGCUUUCUGUUUAUUUUAAAAAAAAUUAUCAUUUUAUUAUUGCAGAAACAUGACAUCACCUUGUGUCAUCAUAAGAUAAAAUGAAAAAUUGAGAAUAAAUGAAUGUUUCGAAUAAA